AUGGAUAUUGAUUACGAUUCCGAAGAAUUAUUUGUUGAAGAUGAUGAAGAAGAACGCGAGGAGAGUAAUAAAAAUGCAGCACCCUCUGAUGAACAAAUUUUGAACGAUUUGUUAAAGAAAGAUGAACGGAAGGUCCGUAAACAGCGCCUCAUAAAGAAUCCAAAAUUGCGAGAUAUUGAACUUUGUGGGUCAAAUGGCUUCUUGGAAUUGAAGCGAAGUUUCGACAGUUAUACGCCGAAAAAUGAAAAUCCAGUUAGUGGUUGUUCUUUCCAUCUUUAUGAUGACUUACUUGUAAUGAUGAGCCGAAUAGAACAUUGGGGACACCUGCUCUGUCCUAAAAUGACAUUUGGAGAUUUCGUGGCUCGUGUAGAAUCUCUAGGCGACAAGAGAAUGGUAAAAACAAUGUUGACAAAAAUGCGACUUGACAUGCCUUUGACUGAUGAUGACUUCCUCGCAAACAAAGAAAAUGAACAGGAAGUACAAUUAGCUGGUAAAAGAGAAAAUGAGCAGUUCACUGAUACGCUAUUGAAUGACACAAAUUUAUUCGAAUUUUUCGAUGAUUUACCAUCUGAAUCCGUUACAUCGCAUCAAGCAACUUCGUCUUCUGAAUACUCUGCGUCGAAAUUGUCGUUGGAGCAGUUACAGCGAAUUGAAGAAAAUAAGCGUCGUGCGCAAGAACUUCGUAUGCAACGCGAGAAACGGAUGAGCCAAUUGAAUGAUUUCGAUUCACUUGCGAAGAGUGAUGGUGCACCAGUUUGUACGGAGGCAGCAGGCAAAAUGCCGUUCAGCCCAAAAUCGUUUAAUCAGGAUGAGGAUUCAAAAAAGCCCGAAGAACACCUCGAUAUUAUGAUGGAUGAUAACGAGGCAUUAGAUUUCAUAUUCUCGAUGACUUGA